AGUCCCAAGUCCCAAGCAAUUCUACACAUCCUUAAACCCUUCUUAAACCCCAAUUCUUGAUUUCUCUUCCAAAAAAAUUACCAUGAAAACCAAAGAAAAAUCUUGUGAAGAACCCAAAAAAGACCACAACACAUCAAUUCUUGUUAGAAAAAAAGCACCCAAUCGUCUCAUUGUCGAUGAAUCAAUCAAAGAUGAAAACUCCAACAUUUUUCUCAAUCAAGAAACCAUAGAAAAGCUUCAGCUUUUCCGUGGUGAUGCUGUUUUAAUCAAAGGUAAAAGAAAAAGAGAAACAAUAUGUAUAGCAGAGAUUGAUGAAAAUUGUGAAGAAAUCAAGAUUCGUAUGAAUAAGGUUGCUCGUAACAAUUUAAGAAUAAAAUUAGGUGACAUUGCUUCUAUACAUCUUUGUAACAACAUUCAGUUUGGGAAACGAAUAUAUCUACUCCCUGUUGAUGAUACUGUUGAAGGUUUAACAGGGGAUUUAUUUGAAGUUUACUUAAAGCCUUAUUUUCUUGAUACUUAUCGUCCAUUAAGAAAAGGUGAUAUUUUUAAUGUUAGAGGUGGGAUGAGGAGUGUGGAGUUUAAGGUUAUGGAAACUGAUCCUUCUGAGUAUUGUAUUGUUGCUCCUGAAACUGAGAUUUUCGUCGGUGAGGGAGUGGUUAGGAGGGAAGAUGAAGAUCAAUUGAAUGAUAUUGGGUAUGAUGAUAUUGGUGGAUUUAGGAAACAGAUGGCUCAGAUUAGGGAGUUGGUUGAGUUGCCAUUGAGGCAUCCAUUGCUUUUUAAGUCUAUUGGUGUGAAACCACCUAAAGGGAUUUUGUUACAUGGACCUCCUGGUUCGGGGAAAACAACGAUAGCUCGAGCUGUUGCUAAUGAGACUGGUGCAUUUUUUUUGGUUAUUAACGGACCUGAGAUUAUGUCUAAGAUGUCUGGUGAGAGUGAGAGUAAUUUGAGGAAGGUGUUUGAUGAAGCUGAGAAGAAUGCACCUUCGAUUAUUUUUAUUGAUGAGAUUGAUUCCAUCGCGCCUAAUAGAGAAAAGACUCAAGGGGAGGUUGAAAGGAGGGUUGUUUCUCAGCUUUUAACGUUGAUAGAUGGACUUAAGUCGCGUGCACAUGUGAUUGUUAUGGCUGCUACGAAUAGGCCUAAUAAUAUUGAUCCUGCAUUGAGGAGGUUUGGGAGAUUCGAUAGGGAGAUUGAUAUUGGUGUGCCUGAUGAGGUUGGGCGUCUUGAGAUUCUUCGUAUACACACAAAGAACAUGAAGCUUGGAGAGGAUGUUGAAUUGGAAUACAUUGCAAGGGAUACGCACGGGCAUAUUGGGGCUGAUUUAGCAGCAUUGACUACUGAGGCAGCCCUUCAAUGCAUUAGGGAGAAGAUGAGUGUGAUUGAUUUGGAAGAUGAAAGUAUUGAUGUUGAGAUACUCAAUUCCAUGGCAGUAAGUAAUGAACACUUCAAGGCUGCUCUAAACGAUAGCAACCCUUGUGCUCUUCGCGAGACAGUCAUUGAAGUUCCAAACGUUUCGUGGGAUGAUAUUGGAGGGCUCGAGACUGUUAAACGCGAGCUUCAAGAGACAGUGCAGUAUCCAGUGGAACAUCCUGAAUUGUUUGAGAAAUUUGGCAUGUCUCCUUCAAAGGGUGUCCUGUUUCAUGGUCCCCCUGGAUGUGGGAAAACUCUUCUGGCUAAGGCUAUCGCCAACGAAUGCCAAGCUAACUUCAUCAGUAUCAAAGGUCCUGAAUUGCUCACAAUGUAUUUUGGAGAAAGUGAAGCCAAUGUCAGAGAGCUUUUCGACAAGGCACGCCAAUCAGCACCUUGCAUUCUGUUCUUCGACGAGUUGGACUCAAUUGCUACUAAAAGAGGGAAUUCAGUAGGUGAAGCUGGUGGUGCUGGUGAUAGAGUCUUGAAUCAGCUCCUAACUGAAAUGGAUGGAAUGACAGCCAAAAAAACCAUUUUCGUUAUAGGUGCAACCAACAGGCCAGACAUAAUUGAUCCUGCACUAUUAAGGCCUGGACGUCUUGACCAAUUGAUAUACAUUCCCCUCCCUGAUGAAGAAUCAAGAUACCAAAUUUUCCGCGCAUCCUUAAGAAAAUCACCUGUUUCCAGCAAAGUAGACUUUAAACUCCUUGCCAAGAUGACAGAAGGGUACAGUGGUGCAGACAUCACUGCUAUAUGUCAACGCGCUUGCAAAAACGCCAUCAGUGAAGAUAUUGCAAAGGACAUUGAGAGGGAGAAGAGGCGAACGGAGAAUCCUGACAUGAUGGAAGAAGAUACUGAUCAAGAAGAGGUUGCUGAAAUUAAAGUUUCACAUAUUGAGGAAUCCAUGAAGUUAUCUAGGAGAAGUGUUGGUGAUAUAGACCUUUUGAAGUAUGAUAAUUUUGCUAAGUCUUUGCAACAGUCAAGAGGAUUUGGUAAUGAUUUUAAGUUCUCAAAUAACAACAACACCACUACUGUUGCUAAGGAAAAUCCUUUUGAGAAUUGUGUUGGAGUUGAAGAUUGUGAUGUUGAGUUAUAUGAUUAGGAUCUUAUACUAGUUGUUUUUGUUAUUUUUUUAUGUUCAAGAUUCUUUUUUUUGUUGCUUUUUUUUUUCUUGUAUUUAGUUUUGUUUAAGUUCAAUGAGUAAAUAGUUUAAUUUAUUUCAGCCUUUUGUGUUUUGGAGAUUACAAAUUUUUGGCAAUCAGUAGUAUAUAACAUUAAUAAUUCAGAAAAAACUUUGUGAGAAUGAA